AUGACGAAUGACUUUGCAUACGACCCACUGGACCUGGAAAACCGUACUUUCCGUCUCGUUCGACUUGGCAAGGGACAAACAGGGGAUCCCAUACAAUGUGAGCUGUUCCACGCGUAUGUUGGGGAUCGCGAAGACGAUAUGGAGUACGAGGCACUCUCAUAUACGUGGGGCGGCAUGGACAAGCCAUGCAGCAUCAGCAUGAACAAUCAAGUGAUGUGUAUCACGAGCAACUUAUUUCAAGCUCUGGAACAUCUGCGCAACGAUGAGGAGGAUCGGGUUCUAUGGAUCGAUGCGCUGUGUAUCGAUCAAGAAAAUCCCAAAGAGCGAGGUCAUCAAGUCCGACAAAUGGCUUCGAUCUACGAACGAGCGCGACAAGUCAUCUUCUGGCUAGGUACAGCUACUCACAAAACAGAUCGUGCAUUCUCCUACAUGCGAGAAUUCGAGAAAGAGGCACUCAAAUAUUCUUGUAAUUAUUGGGAACCAUCUGACGAACGCUGGCAAAUCAUCUGGUCGACCGUAGAGACCCAGCUGCAGAAGGAAUAUAGUUUGAACAAGGUUAUGCAGCGUACCGAUUACGAUGCCCUACUUAAUCGAGAUUGGUUCGACAGGAUCUGGAUCAUACAAGAAGUUGCAAAAGCCCGAUCAGCAAGAGUUGUUUGCGGUACGAAAUCAGUUUCAACGCGCGUCUUCGCAUUGUUCCCAUCUCUGAUCGGAGUUCAACCGACACCGCAUCGUCAAGCAGUGCUAGAUAUCAUGCCAGGGCCUCUACGGAAGUUCUCGUGGUGGUUGUGGGAUCAGAAUCUGGAGACCUUGCUGCGCAAGUUUCAAGGGAGCAAGGCAACCGACCCAAGGGACAUGGUUUACGCAUUGCUUGGUAUCUCAACGGACGCGAACAACACAAAGGCUCUGGCAUCUGACUACAGCAAGACCCCGGGAGAAGUGGCUCGUACAACUAUCGCUUUCCUC